AGUGUUUUGUUGACUGUUGUCGCUGCAUUUUGCACGAUGAAUUCACGGGCUUAUCCAGCGGCUGGUGCAAUGUCAUCGCCUCGCUAGAAGGCAGCAAACUGGAGGGGGAAAAACCUGGAGCGGGCUGCAGACGUCCUUAGCUUCACUAACGCUGGCCGAGCCUCGACAGUGUGAAGGAAGAAGCCCCGCAGUGAUGGUUUUGUAAUCGGUUUAACACAAAAAGGAGGAAUUGUUUUCACCUCCCAGAAGAGACCACAGCUCGUGAAGUUCAUAUGCCGAAACCUGCUUUUUGUUGAGCAUUCAUCAGAAUCCUUGAUUGACAAGCAGGCCGAUUGUCCAAUCAGGAGCACCGGAAUGCUGCGUUGGCCCAAUCACAGAAGAGCAAGGCAGAUUUCCGUUUAUAAGGAAAAAAUUCACGUUUCUAAAGGCUUGUGUACGUUUAUUGUUUGCUAGAACCUACUGACAGAGAAAUGGGCGCUCUAACCACUGUAGAAAGCUGACUGGACUGUGUUCUGUCCACUGUUAAAAAUGGCUAUCAUGCGUCAAUUUGGGCUGCUGGUUUGGAAAAACUAUCUUCAGCAGAAACGUCAAAUCCUGGUAACUCUGGUGGAGAUACUCCUGCCUCUGCUCUUCUCCGGCAUCCUCAUCGUGCUACGUCAGAAGGUGCCUUUUAAGGAUUACCCAAAUGCCACGGUCUACGAGAGCUACACUGUCGACGCACUACCCAAGAUGUUAAUGGAAAAAUUACAGCUGGCCUAUGUGCCUGGUAACUCCAGCGUGGUGCGUCAGGUGGCAGAGGAUGUGCGAGGCAGCCUGUCCCUCUCCUCAGUGCGUGGCUUUGAGACUGAGGAGCACUUUGAGGACUAUGUGAGAAAUGACCCUCUGUCAGGAAAGCUGCUGGCUGCUGUGGUGUUUGAGCACCCCUUCACUCAUGAUGAUGAACCUCUGCCCAUAAAGGUGAGCUACCACCUGCGUUUCACCUUCACCCCACGUUACGCCCCACCCAAGGAGAGGUCAGAGCUGAACCCGAACAAUGACCUGGACUGGCACACGCUCAGCCUCUAUCCCCUGUUUCAACUGCCAGGCCCGAGGGAGCAGUAUGACAAGGAGGGGGGCACGCCUGGUUAUUUCCGAGAGGGAUUCCUGGCCGUACAGCAUGCAGUGGACCGAGCCAUCAUGCGCUCUUACAACAGAACAGCUGCUGCCUCUCUGCUGCGACCAAUCAGAGUGGUCCUGUCGCGGUUUCCUUACCCUCCCUUUAUAUAUGACGUUUUCAUCUUGGCCAUUCAGAACCAACUGCCUCUACUACUGGUGCUCAGCUUUACCUACACCUCCCUCAACAUAGUACGAGCUGUGGUGCAGGAGAAGGAAAGGAAGCUGAAGGAGUACAUGAGGAUGAUGGGUCUCAGCAACUGGCUCCACUGGAGCGCCUGGUUCCUUAUGUUCUUCCUCUUCCUCUCCAUUUCGGUCUUUUUUGUCACUCUGCUGCUCUGUAUCCAGGUGAGCCCUAAUGGAGCAGUGCUGACCUACAGCGACCCCACGCUGGUCUUUGUCUUCCUGCUCCUCUUCACCGUGGCCACCAUCAACUUCAGCUUCAUGAUCAGUACCUUCUUCUCACGAGCCAAUGUGGCAGCGGCAGCAGGCGGCUUCAUCUAUUUCCUGAGCUACCUGCCUUAUUUGUUCCUGUGGCCACGCUACGACUUACUGAGCCAUGCCCAGAAAGUGUCAGCCUGCCUCAUCUCCAACGUGGCCAUGGCAAUGGGAGCUCAACUCAUGGGAAUGUUUGAAGGCAAAGGUACAGGAAUCCACUGGUCAAACUUGUUUGACUCUGUGACGGUGGAUGAUGACUUCUCCCUGGCCCAGGUGUUGGGCUUGCUGCUGUUUGACUCUGUGCUCUAUGGGUUGGUGGCCUGGUACAUGGAGGCAGUUUUUCCUGGGGAGUAUGGAGUGCCUCGACCGUCUUACUUCUUUGUACUGCCUUCAUACUGGUGCAGCAGUCCUCGCAUGGCUUUGGUGAAUGAGAAAGAGGAAGAGGAGGAUGCAGAAAAGGCUCUGAAAGGGGAGUUUAUAGAAGAGGAGCCAGCUGGACUUGUCUCUGGGAUCAAGAUUAAACACCUCGCUAAGGAAUUCAGAGUGGGCAACAAGACACGGCAGGCUGUGCGGGAUCUUACACUGAACAUGUUCGAGGGACAGAUCACGGUGCUGCUAGGACACAACGGUGCUGGGAAGACCACGACACUGUCCAUGCUGACAGGGCUGUAUCCCCCCACCAGUGGCAGGGCCUAUAUCAAUGGUUACGACAUCUGUCAGGACAUGGCUCUGAUCCGCCGCAGUCUGGGACUCUGUCCCCAGCACGACGUACUGUUUGAUAACCUUACUGUCAGAGAGCACCUGCUCUUCUACGCACAGCUGAAAGGCUACUCCAAAGACAAGAUUCCAGGUGAGGUAGACCGGAUCAUCCGUAUCCUGAACCUUGAGGACAAGCGACAGGCUCGCUCCAAGACCCUCUCUGGCGGCAUGAAGAGAAAACUCUCUAUUGGCAUCGCCCUCAUUGGAGACUCCAAGGUGGUGAUGUUAGAUGAGCCCACAUCAGGUAUGGACCCAUCAGCUCGACGUGCCACCUGGGACCUUCUGCAAGGGGAGAAGCGCGGUCGCACCAUCCUGCUCACCACACACUUUAUGGACGAGGCCGACCUGCUUGGUGACCGCAUCGCCAUCCUGGCAGGAGGAGAGCUGCAGUGCUGCGGGUCACCACUCUUCCUUAAGAACAAAUAUGGUGCUGGCUACCACAUGGUGAUAGUAAAGGAUGCUCUUUGUAACGUGUCCGAGAUCACCCGCCUUGUCCACAUGUAUGUUCCUAAUGCCACGCUGGAGAGCAGUGCUGGAGCUGAGCUCUCUUAUAUCUUGCCCAAAGAAAGCACCAACAGGUUUGAGCUGCUGUUUGCUGAGUUGGAGAUGAACAGAGAUGAGCUGGGCAUCGCCAGCUACGGAGCUUCAGUAACAACUAUGGAAGAAGUUUUCCUCAGAGUGGGAAAGUUGGUGGAUUCUAGUUUGGACAUCCAAGCAAUCCAGCUGCCAGCCCUGCAGUACCAACAUGAGAGACGCUCCCAUGACUGGACCACAGAUGACGCCAGCAGCAUCAGCGGCAUGACCGAUGUCACCGACUUCACAGAUAGUGGCACACUCAUCUCAGAGGACUGCUCCAACAUCAAGCUGAACACUGGGGUCAGACUACACCUGCAACAGUUCUAUGCCAUGUUCCUGAAGAGGGCGCUGUACAGCUGGAGAAACUGGAAGGUGAUGGUGGCUCAGUUCCUGGUCCCUUUGGUUUUCACUGUUGUGGCCUUAGUAGUGGCACGCACCUUCCCCAAUCACCGGGAUGCUCCUCAGCUGAGGCUGGGACUCAGCCGCUAUGGUCCCACCAGGGUCCCUGUGGCUCUGCAGCCUGGGGCGGGUCCCCUGGCCUCUGCUCUUGCUAAUACAUACAGUUCACAGCUAUCUGCCCAGCUAGGCCAACUCAUCAACAUCACGGACUUUACUGAUUACAUCCUGACCCAGGCACAGGAAGAAGGCGGCAGCUUUAAUGAGCGCUGUGUGGUGGGUGCUGCUUUCCGUGGCAGCAGCAGCCAAUAUGCAGAAGCAACAGCCUACUUCAACAACGAGGGCUACCAUACACCCGCCACAGCCCUCAUGAUGGUGGACAAUGCUCUCUUCAAACUUCUAGCAGGGCCGAAUGCUUCCAUCCAGACGGGCAAUUACCCCAUGCCACGCAACCUGUCUGAGAUCGCCCACAGCCAGCUCACAGAGGGAAAGACGGGCUUUGCCAUUGCCAUCAACCUGAUGUACGGUAUGGCUUCCCUGUCCAGCACCUUUGCCCUGCUGCUCGUAACAGAGUCCUCUAUCAAGUCCAAGCAUGUGCAGCAGGUCAGCGGCGUCUACCUGUCAAACUUCUGGUUUUCUGCCCUGCUGUGGGACCUGGUCAACUUCCUGCUGCCCUGUGUCCUCAUGCUGGUGGUAUUUCAGGCAUUCGGAGUCAAGGCUUUCGUAGACAACAACCACCUGGUAGAUGUGUUGUUGUUACUGCUGCUGUAUGGCUGGGCUGUUGUGCCUCUUAUGUACCUGCUCAGCUUCCUCUUCUCCACUGCCGCUACUGCCUACACACGCCUCACUAUCUUCAACAUGAUCUCUGGCACGGCCACCUUUCUGGCUGUCACCAUCAUGACCAUCCCAGAGUUGAACCUGCAGGACCUGUCGCACUUACUGGAUAAGGUGUUCCUGAUCUUCCCAAACUAUUGCCUGGGCAUGUCCUUCAGCCAGUUCUACCAGAACUAUGAAUUCAACUCGUUUUGCACCUCCAGUCCAAUCAGCCAGGCAUUCUGCAAAUACUUAAACAUCACAUAUCAGACGAACUACUUCUCAAUGUCAGAGCCUGGUGUGGGACGCUUCCUUGUGGCCUUCUCAGUGCAAGGUGUAGUCUUCAUUAUUCUGCUGUUCGUCAUUGAGCUGCAGUGUGUCUGCACUCUCUGGAGACUCCUCACCUCCCUGUGCAGAAGACGCAAACAGUUACCUCUAAUAGAGGAUGCAGCACUGCUUCCAGAGGACAGGGAUGUGGCUGAAGAGAGGAAGAGGGUCCUGGAGUGCCAGCCAAUAGUAGAGUCUAUGGUUGUUAGCCCCCUCAUACUGCAGGAGCUCAGCAAGGUGUACAGCAGCGGGGAGAAUCUUCUGGCUGUGGACAGGCUGUCUCUAGCUGUAGGGAAAGGUGAGUGUUUCGGCCUCCUGGGCUUCAAUGGAGCAGGCAAGACCACAACUUUUAAGAUGCUGACAGGUGAUGAGAGUGUUACCUCCGGGGACGCCUACAUUGAUGGAUACAGCAUCUUGAGAGACAUUAAGAAGGUACAGCAGCGCAUUGGUUACUGCCCUCAGUUUGACGCUGUGUUGGACCACAUGACAGGAAGAGAAACUCUGAGUAUGUAUGCCAGGCUCAGAGGAAUACCAGAGAAGUAUGUGUCUGGCUGUGUGGAAAAUGUCCUGCGGUCGCUGCUGCUGGAGCCUCAUGCUGAUAAACUAGUCCGCAGCUACAGUGGCGGUAAUAAGCGGAAGCUGAGUGCAGGCAUGGCUCUGAUUGGUGGGCCUCCGGUCAUCUUCCUGGAUGAGCCUUCGACCGGGAUGGACCCUGUGGCCCGGAGGCUGCUGUGGGACGCUGUUACACGCACACGGGAGUUUGGAAAGGCCAUAAUCAUCACUUCUCAUAGUAUGGAGGAGUGUGAGGCUCUGUGUACCAGGCUGGCAGUGAUGGUCAACGGUCAGUUCAAGUGUCUCGGGAGUCCCCAACACCUGAAGAGCAAGUUUGGCAGUGGCUACACCCUGCUGGCUAAAGUACACAUAGAGGCUGAGUUGGAGGACAGUGACCUGCAGCUAUUUAAAGACUUCAUUGAAAGUACCUUCCCAGGAAGUCAACUAAAGGAUGAGCACCAGGGAAUGGUGCACUAUCAUUUGACUGACAAAACACUUUCCUGGGCCCAGGUGUUUGGCACUUUGGAGGCAGCCAAAGAGAAAUACCGCAUUGAAGACUAUUGUGUGAGCCAAAUAUCACUGGAGCAGGUGUUCCUCAGCUUUGCCCAGUUCCAGCACUGCACAGAGAGCGGGAGGAAGUAAGCGGAGCGAGGAAUCCGUCCAUCCAUUAUCCAUUUUCUACAGUGUGUGUGUGUGUGUGUGUGUGUGUAGGACCUGUGUACAUGGACUUGCCUGCGUACACAGGCUGGAGCGGAGCGUAGUUUAUCCCUAGCUCCAUUUUUACCUUGACCACCAACACACAAACAUGCACACGCACACACGCGCACACACACACACACACACACACACACACACACACACACACACACACACACACACACACACACACACACACACUGGGGCCAGUCUCCAAAAACAUCAACUUCAGCAUUACUACUACUGUAUCACGUUGGUGUGUCUUUGUUGGGUCAUUCAUGCCGUUGUUGUUGUUGUGUGAUGAGAAAGUAGGAGAAUUGGGAUUAUGACAUUGAUUAUACCAAGUAAUGAAUUCUUGAGUACAUUAGAUACUACCACUACUCUGAAUUGUGCGUGACAUGGCUUAUUUGUGUAUGUGCACUUAUGUGUUGUCUUUUUGUUAUUUAUGAUUUUAUUUUAUUACUUGAUUUAUGUUUCCAAAAAUGUGUGCUUUUUUUUGUGAUCAUCACAAGAGAAUGAACCACUCCCAUUUGAUGCAUUUAUGAAAUCAUUGCACACCUUUGCGCCUUAUCUAACUAAUGGGGGGUCUUGUUUCUUUAUAUUGCCCUAUACAAAAUGCUUAGUUAUCCUUAAGAGCCUCUUAAUGUUGUUGCCAGAUGUAAUAAUGUGAUGUGUUCAUGGUACUAAAAACCACUUACCCAUUCAGGCCAGAGCAGAACAUUUACUCAUUUAAAGACAUUGGUACAUUAAUGAAUGCAUGCAUAGAAUACGAUUUACAGAGUGCAUGAUACUGAGAGAGCUGCUCGCGAUUACUAGAAGUCCGUCCUUAUUGAGGAUUGAUCCUCAGAGUACAUUUAGUCCAGUCUGAGUACAUUUAGUUCGCCUCCAUUUUUCAGUUCUUGUGAACCAGUUAUUCAGUUUUUGCUGCCAAACAAGUAACAGCAACAGUGUGUUACCUUGUGGAUAUCCAGUCAGGAGAUUAUUCUCAGGUCUGGACUUGUGUCAGACUGCAUGUGACUGAUUUGGACCUAGAAAAACUAGACUGCAAUGACCUUAGAGGUGUUUUGGUACCUUUUUUUUUCUUGCAGCUAUGCAUUUCAUACAGUACACCUGUCUGUGUGUGAGAGUGUGAGUGUGUGUGUGUGUGUGUGAGAGGGUAUGGCAACACAUGAUUCCUGAAUUCAUCCAGACUAAACUAAAACAGUGCUAUUAUAGUCCUUAAAUAUUAAAACCAAGAGAUUGUUAUUGUGCAGUGGGUGGACUUGACUACUGUGUCAUCUUUAAUGUAGAGUUGCUCCUUCAGGGAACGCCAGAAAAUGCAAUAAAAAGGCCCAACAAUGGUAUGGAUAGUAAAAGAUAACUAAGUCCGCUGCGUACAAAUGCCUUGUUCUGAGGAAGAAUGAUCAGCGCAAAGUUUGUUCCUCUUUCAUUUGGAUGUGCUACUACAAAUCUCAUUUCAGAGUGUGCCCAUUCACAUCACAUUGUCAAAGCCUUGUUUGUACAUUUGAAAAAAAAAAAUCCACACAUAUUGAUGAGAACAAUACAUUAUAUUCUCAGUUUCCUGCGUUUCAUCCAUAUUAAUGAUCAGUGUUAUAAUCUGGGAUGAAUUAGCGAUCAGAUUAAUUUGAGUGUGCGAAUGGCAUUCCUACUCUUAAACUCACUCUGACUUCACAGAUGUGAGAUGAAUGUAUUUACUGUCUAACACGAAAGCAAAAAUCACUGGAAGUAAUGAACUUUAUUAACAGCUUCAUAUGAUUUACAGCGCUUUCUUCAUGUCACAAGAUGUAGGUGAGGGAAAAAAAAGUAGACUUGACAUUCCAGAAAGACACGGAUAUGUGACAUAUUGGUCUUUAAAGGAUUUAAUUUCUUAAUUUUGACUUUUGUUACAUUUGUUUGUUUAUUUGCACAAUUUAUGCCUCAUAUUACAUGUAUGACUUGAAUCAAUUUCAAUGUUAGAUACGUAGUUUGAGGAAAAAUGGAAAGGUUUGUGCUGCUGAUAUUGAAAGAUUGAGUUAUGCUGAAAUACAGUGUAUCAUAUUUAAAAAGGGAAUUUACAUCAUUGUAAUUGUGUACUGUACCAUGGAACUGACCUUGUCAACUGUAUAUGUAUCACUAUUCUUUUUAAAUUAAAUAAUGCUCUAUGCAAAUGGAGGCAAAUAAAA